CUAAUAUUUUUUGUAAGUUUAAAUACAGGACAAUUUUUUAAAUCAAACAAUUAAACUUGUUUUAAAUCAAAUUAAUUCCUGAAAACAGAUUUUGGCUUUAUACUAAACAAAAGAUUUACAUAUAGAAUGGACGAGGAAAUUAUUAGUCUUAUAAAACACAACAAACCAACAUUUAAUAAGUAAAUAAAACAUCUAGGCUUUGUUACAUACUUUGCAUGUGCGUACCCACACUCUAAUCUUUAUCAGUGAUAUUAAUCUCAAGAUAUGUAUUCUCACAGCUAUAUCACAUAUUUCAGAGUAAAAGAUAAGAAUUGUAGUUAAGAAAAAUCGUCAAAUUGUAGUUUAUGUUUUAAUUAGUGGAUAAAACAUUUUUUUUUGUUAUGUGAAACAUCUAGUGUUGUUAUAAUAAUAGUGAGUUUAUUUAGUGAUAUUAAAAAAAAUCUGAACGUGAUGCAAGAGAUUAAGUUUUGCACACAUGUCCUUGGAACAUCAAAAUUCACCUGCUGAGUCUUCGGAUGGACCUCGGCAGCGAAGUAGAUCUUUGGGUAAUAGAUUACGAUCAUUAUCAGUGGUGUCUUUGAAUCACAGCCCAAGACGAUCAUUUUGCGUGUCAACAUUGACAGAAGAACCAACUAGCAAAAUACGGCUCAGAAUAAUUAAGGGAAAGAAUCUUAUGAAAAAAGAUAUUUUCGGGGCAAGUGAUCCUUAUGUAAAGAUUGAUCUGAAUACAAUAAAUGGAGAUGAGACAAUUGAUUCCGUUUUAACAAAAACAAAGAAAAGGACCCUCAAUCCAGAAUGGAACGAAGAAUUUAUAUUCAGGGUGAAACCAGCAGAACAUAAGUUGGUUCUACAAGUCUUUGACGAGAACAGACUAACUCGCGAUGACUUUCUUGGUAUGGUAGAAAUAACUCUAAUAAAUUUACCCCGAGAGCAAGAAGGCAGAAAUAUAGGAACAGUGAAAUAUUUGCUAGGACGCAGAAGCGGUUUUAGUGCACGUUCAAGAGUACGAGGGCACCUUGAAAUAUAUCACGCGUUUCUCCACGACAGCGAAGUGCCUCCAGCACCCCCCGACGAUGACAGGAUUGGUGAUGACCGCGAUUGGGAGCUUAUGAGCGAUGGAAGAGAGGAGGGGCCAGCUCAGCCUGUAUAUGUUAAUGAUCCUUUUGAGUCGAAUGCGCCAUUGCCUCCUGGCUGGGAAGAAAGGCAAGAUGCGAACGGGAGGACAUACUAUGUCAAUCACAUAGCAAGGACUACGCAAUGGGAGAGACCCACGUCUAGCAAUAACGUUGAUAACCAAUUACAAGAGCAAAGGGUGCUUGAGCAAGCCGUCGUGUUUGAACGGCGUUAUCACAUUAGUGCUGAGGAUGAGAACAAUGGCCGAGGCGAUUCCAGUGCAAGCCAAGCCGUUAGUGCGAAUAGUGACGGUGCUGCUGCUGGUGGUCCAGACUCGAACGUAGUAAAUCCGGUUCCGGCCUUAAAUAAUCUGCCCGAAAUAAGGGUCGAAUCUGACGAGGUAGACCACACGCUCGCUACUAAACUCAACAAUCGACUCAGUGUCAGAUCAACAGAGAACAAUAACGAUUCCGAAUACAACGCUUCGGCCGAAAGCAAUGAAAGCAGUAGAAGAAGUUCGUUUGAUUAUCCACAAUUCGAAUUAAGAGGCAGAUCAGUUUUUGGUGCGCAUGUUGAACGACGGUCCAAUGAUGAUGAUUUUGAAAUUGUCGACACGGAUUCGGAGAGCGAAGAUCACACCGACAGUCUGUCAAAUAGCUCGUCUCGUCGCGAUUCCACCGUAUCUACAACAAGCAAUAGCACGACCCCAAAUAAUUUAGAAAUACUAUCGGAAGGUUUACCACCGGGAUGGACCGUUCAAGUCGCUCCAAACGGUCGUUUAUUUUUCAUUGACCACAAUGAAAGAACCACAUCAUGGGUGGAUCCUCGUACUGGCCGUGCGAGUCCAAUGCCUAAUCAAGCAACUGUGCCUUUGGUCAACAGAAGACCUGAUGACGAUCUAGGGCCACUACCGGAAGGAUGGGAGGAAAGGGUUCAUUCCGAUGGGAGGAUAUUCUUUAUUGAUCACAACACGAGAACAACACAAUGGGAGGACCCACGACUCUCAAAUCCCCAAAUUGCGGGACCAGCAAUACCGUAUUCAAGAGAUUAUAAACGAAAAUAUGAAUAUAUGAAGGCGCAGCUUAGAAAACCGACAAAUGUGCCCAAUAAAUUUGAAAUAAAAGUGAAACGAAGAAGUAUUUUGGAAGACUCGUUCCGGGUGAUAACCUCCGUCCCUAGAGUAGAAUUGUUGAAAACGAAAUUGUGGAUUGAGUUUGAAGGCGAAGUCGGUUUAGAUUAUGGAGGUUUAGCUAGAGAAUGGUUUUAUCUAUUGUCCAAGGAGAUGUUUAAUCCCUAUUACGGAUUGUUUGAAUAUUCAGCCAUGGACAAUUAUACAUUACAAAUAAAUCCAUUUUCCGGUCUUUGUAACGAAGAGCACUUAAAUUAUUUUAAAUUUAUCGGACGCGUCGCAGGGAUGGCUGUGUAUCAUGGAAAAUUGCUCGAUGCAUUUUUCAUACGACCGUUUUAUAAAAUGAUGUUAGGUAAAACAAUUGAUCUCAAAGACAUGGAGUCGGUAGAUUCGGAAUAUUACAAGUCGCUUUUAUGGAUAAAGGAAAAUGACCCAAGUGGGUUAGAUUUAACGUUUUCAGUAGAUGAAGAAUCAUUGGGACAUACGACCGUUCACGAACUGAUUGAAGGGGGAGCCAACAUUCCAUUAGACAACACUAAUAAAGAUGAAUAUAUCAAGUGUAUAAUUCAGUGGCGAUUUGUGGGUCGGGUCCAGGAACAGAUGAAUGCGUUUUUGUCCGGUUUCAACGAUUUAAUUCCCUUAAGUAUUGUCAAAAUAUUUGAUGAACACGAGCUUGAGCUUCUAAUGUGCGGAAUUCAACAUAUUGAUGUCAAAGACUGGAAACAAAACACGUUAUACAAAGGGGAUUACCACGCUAACCAUAUCGUCAUUCAGUGGUUUUGGAGGGUGGUUUUGUCGUUUAGUAAUGAAAUGAGAGCGAGGUUGUUACAAUUCGUCACAGGAACGUCGAGAGUGCCAAUGAACGGUUUUAAAGAACUCUACGGGAGCAAUGGUCCUCAAUUGUUUACGAUCGAAAAGUGGGGCACGCCUGAAAAUUUCCCACGAGCUCAUACUUGUUUUAAUCGGUUAGAUCUACCUCCUUACGAAAGUUACCAACACCUCAAGGAUAAAUUAAUCAAAGCAAUUGAAGGGUCUCAAGGUUUCGCCGGUGUAGAUUAGAGAACGUGAGGGAAUUUGUAUUCUUUUAACCAUUAAUCUGUCCAUUAUUUACUUAAGAUUCUAUCAGCCUGUAUGAAAUCUAUUUCAAUCAUUAUUAUUAUACAAAUA